AUGGAUCCAUUUGAAGGUUUGCGCAACGAAUCCGGAUCAUUCCUGCAGGACAAAUGGAACUCAUUGCUGGAUACGAUCGGUGACGAACCGGAGUUCCUGUACGUAUGGGCGUUAACCACAUGGGUCAAUGGAUUCUUCUGGGCCUUUGGAUCACUGUUCGUCCUGAUGGACGUCACCAACCGGCCCCGAUGGUUUCGAAAGUUCAAAACCCAACCCGGCAUGAAUGAACCCCUCGAAUGGUCCGGGCUCAAGAAGGUGAUCAAAACGAUCCUCUUCAACCAAACCGUCAUCGGAGUUCCUCUGAGCUACAUCGGCUUUCACACGGCAGGAAAGUCCAACCUCCCGAACGUUCGAAUCCUGCCGAGCACCUUCGAAGUCUUCCGUGAUCUCUGCGUGUGUCUGGUCUUCGCCGAAGUCGGAUUCUACUACAUCCACCGAUUUUUACACCUGAAACCGCUGUACAAGCACAUCCACAAAAAGCACCACGAAUGGACGGCCCCAUUUGCCUGGGCUGCCAUGUACUGUCACCCGGUGGAGCACAUCCUCAGCAAUAUGAUUCCACCAAUUCUGGGCAUUCACCUGAUGAAGAGCCACCUGGCAACGGCUGCCCUCUGGUUCCCGCUGGUCAUCAUCAACACGGUGCGGGAUCACUGCGGGUACCAUCUGCCCUUCUUUCCCAGCUCGGAGUAUCAUGACUACCAUCAUGCCAAGUUUACGGAAUGCUUCGGAACGUUCGGUUACUUGGACUGGCUGCACGGGACCGACCAGCAGUUUCGGAAGAGCAAACAGUGCCAACGGCACAGGAUGUUGUGGACGUGGAAGUCGGCUAGGGAACUGGUUCCAGAAAAGUGAUGGUGUGACGAUCGUCAAUUAGCGUUUGGAUAGCCAUGGAAAUACAAGGAAUGCUGC